GUGGGGGUCUGUGGUAAGCCCUCCCUCUCACUUCCGCACAUUCCGCUCGCCCCAAUCCCCCUCCUCUCCCCAGGGGCUUGCUUCGUAGGCUAAAUCCAGAUCUCCUCACAAGAAAUGAAAACGCGCUUCGAUUUAGACUUGAAAAGCAAGUACGAGUCUUGUUUCUACCUUGUUUCUUUAGCGAGGACAUUCACAGUAAAAACUUGCUGAAGUCGCUUUUGGAAGUCACGCAAAAUCCCCAAAUUUUCUUGCGGGGACACUUGCGUGACUUCCCAAAGAACAGCCGCGAAGGAGACUAGACUAGUUGCAACUACUUGACAGGAUGACCACUGCACUACCACAAUUACGUUAAGCGUUUUUGAAGAUGGGCACCACUCCACAACUAAGUUUCUUUGAUAUUUGGAAAUCACCUAUUCGUUGUGACAGACUCGUUUGCUUCCAGAGGUAAUGAACUUGCGUGACGUCGUGAGCUUGUUAGUAGUGCCCAGUGCUUUAGCAUUACUCAAGCAAUGGGAGCAAUGCAGGACCAGUUACUCAGUCUGGAAGAAUGGAUGAGUCAAAACAAACGAAAGAAGGAGAGCUCAGAAAAUAUAAGAAUGUAUGGUCUGGCUGGGGAAGGAGAUACUUUAAAUUGGAAAGAAUGUAUCUACAUUACUAUGAGUCUAAAUAUGCUCCAACUCCUCUCAAUACAGUUACAAGAGGAGACAUUGACAAUGUAAAGUUAUCAGAUUCAUUUCCACACAAAAAAAAUGUCUUUGAAGUUCAUACAAAGUCAGGAAUAGUUUGGUACCUGCAGUGUACAACACCGGAGGAGAUGCGGUCUUGGAUGACAGCUUUAAUGCCACAGCAUACAAGUUGCACAAAAGAGGACAAAGAGAAUCAAGGCCAGCAGUUUGCAGAGCCCAGUGAGCCGACAGCACCUCCGGUGUCACUUCCUUCUCAGCAAGGUCCUUACCCCGGACCACUGCCUCAUGUUUACCCCAAUUUGUAUGGCCCAGGGUCGCCUUAUCACGAUCUAAGUGUUCAUGGUGGAAGAGAAAACAGCCCGCCACCCUCUUAUGACGAGACUCUACGUCAUUCGCCAAGCUUUCUGGAGAAGUCAAGUUAAAGCAGGGUUUUCUAAUGCAGAUCCAGUAAUUAACGCCUCUUGAUGUCCAUAUUUUCACAGACACCCGAGUACAUUUGUGAUAAACUAUUCAUAGUAUUUGUCAAGAAGAAGCCAUUUUUCCGAGUAGCUUGAUUUGCAGUUUUGUUAGGCCUUUGAAUUUUUUCUACAACGUCUUAAAGUGUGUCGCAAACUUGUGGUAAUUAUUGACGCGCUGAGGCAGACCUGAUUUUACGCUAUCCAAUACCUGUUGCUCUCCUUAAACUAUUCGCCUGGCGUGUUCAAUUUAGAAGCUCUAAUACUGGCAAAUCUUUCUUGAAUCUUGUGUCGCAUUGACAUCGUCAAACAACAGCAAUGGAAGAAAAAAUUGGAGUGACUCACAGUUAAGUGAUCUGAAGCUUCCUUUGUGAUCUUUCGAUUGCUAAGAGGUCGUGUUCGCACCAACCUGAGUUUACAGAGAGGAAGGGGGGUGGGGUAGAGUAUAGUCAUGGACGGCCACAGUACCAGUUAUUUUUCUCGGGGUAAAUUGUUAGCUUAAUUGAAUAUUGUGUAAAAUAUGGAUUCCCUCGGUUUGAACCCUAAAAAUAUUAAACAAGAAAAGACAUG